GAUAGUGUAAUGGGCUCCAGCUAUAUGCAUAGGAAGGUUACACGUGUGUUUCGUGUCGACAGAAUGCUAUGUGUUUACUAAUACUUAGGACAAGUGAAGCUCAGCUACAAUACUACAUACAUGAUUUUAUUGUAACUGCGUCUUCCGGUGCAUAAUGGGUCUUUGUAAAACUGCUCUACCUAUGGGUGCAUUUCGAUUAAAAGUCAGACAGAUGAGAGAGAAGAUGAAUUUAGUGAACUGUGUGUAAACUGUUUCACGUAAAUUAGACGGAGGAAGUAAGGGAGACAGAAAUGAUUGUAGGUUGGCCAAAUAAAAGAUUGGAAAAUUAAAAAGAGGGUAUGGAGAGGAGAUGAAGGAAAAGGAGGGAAGGGACAAGGGAAUUGUUUUAACACAAGGGAAAUGGAGGACGGUAGGUGCAGAAGAAUAACAACAAAACAGACAAAUUCAAGGAAGGUGAAAAUAAUUCAAGAAAAGGCAGAUAGAUGCCCAAAACUGGCAAAAGACAAGAACAAAAGGAGACAGAGAAAUGUAGCCGAAAAAAUGACAACAAGCGCUGUGAAACUGCUGCCUUUAAGCCACAUUUCAACUAUUCAAAUGUGACAGAAGAAUUUAUUUUUGUAUUUAAAAGUAAAACGUGAGUUGUAAGACAAGUAUCAGUGGUAGUGUGAUGUGUGUGUCUUUAUAGUGGAAAAGUUGAUGAGUGCUCAAACCGUGUGAUACAGAGUGCAGUUGUGGAUGCAGGAGGUGCAACAGUGGCCCGCGGGCACGUGACUGUUGCCCGCCCGCUGGGCCUAGUAUGGGCCAACAGUUCAUCGUCACUAUGAACCCUGCCACAUCAGGCAAGUCCUCUACCCGUUCCUCGGGCUACCAUCAGAAAGCCUUAGCGGAAAUUCGGAACUCACUGUUGCCAUUCGCGAAUAUUGGCAAUCUUGGAGAGAAUUUAGGUUCAAGUGCUGCAAGUACUAUCUCAACUCUUUCAACUACUAGUGGAAUAAGUUCUGCCUCUGGUCAUAGUGGAAUAAGUGCAGCUUCAGGUAGCAACGGAAUUGAAAAGGACUUGACCCUUCUGCGUCAGACACUUGUCCAGCUUAUGAGCAUGGGGUACACAGAGGAAGCAUCAGUACGUGCCUUGAAGAUGUCAGGGGGCAGGUUUGAAGCAGCUCUUGAAUUUCUUCCAAAACAGCAGCAGACUGAACCUGUCAAUGGAAUAUCUAAGGGGGCAUCCUCUGGCUUGCCAUCACUGAGUACAAAACUUAUACGUAAACCAAGUUUGGAAAGAGAGUUGAGUUUGCAUCGUGGCAGUCCAGCAUUGGAUAGUGGUGCUGGAAGUUCACGAUCUGAUAGUCCUCGUCUGGCAGACCUUGUGUCACACCCUCAGCUCAGUCGGCAGUACUCCCCAAGCAGCUUUGCAGAACCUCCACCUCCUCCCCCUCCACGAUGUAGCUCUACACCUCCUCCUCCUCCACCACCUCAUGCUUCAUAUCCUACAGUCACUACCAAUAUGCAGCAGCUGUUGAAGCGCAUGUCUCCUGCACCUGUGGUUCCGUCCCGACCCCCAGCAGCUCUCCCAGGGGGUGCAGGAAACAAUCAGACUUGCCCGCAACCUGCCCAGCGUGGUACAAGCCCAGUUGCUUCUUCUGGUACCAGUAUAGGAAACUCUUCAUCUGGGCGGCAACCUAUGAUUGUACAGAAUGGCCCACAAGUCCAGCAGCAGUUGUCACAACAGAUGCAGGCUCUGAACUUGUACCAGAGCAAUAGUGUAGCUAGUUCCACUUCCUCAGAGCCACCUCCUCCUUAUCCCCUUGUUCCUGCUUCACCAACAGUUCCUCCUCCACCACCAUCAUAUACAGUUUCUAUUCAGAGUCGCCAAAGUCCCACACAAUCACAGCAAGAUUAUCGGAAGAGCCCUUCAUCUGGGAUAUACUCUGGUCCAACUUCAGCAGGUUCUCCAAGCCCCAUAACUGUGUCUGUUGCAAGUCCCACUCCCACGUCUGUUGCUCGACCAACACCACUGCAAGCUUGGGGUGCACGUCAAGCAAAAACUCAGCCACCUAUUAUUAUGCAGUCUGUUAAAAGUACCCAAGUUCAAAAACCUGUUCUACAAACAGCCAUUGCACCCACUGCACCUCAGCCUAUCCCACCUCCAGUCACAGUUUCAACCCAGUCUUCACCUCAGCCUCCACCUCCAUCUUAUGCAUCCUCAAUCCAGCAAAAGCAGCAGGUUCAGGCACCUCCAUAUCAGAAACAAACACCACCACCUGUGUUGCCUCAGCAAGCUUCAGUGUCACCAGUAACAACUUCAAGUCCAGUGACUGUUCCCACAACAGACCCUCCUAGUUAUGCAAGUACCAUGCAAGCCUUGGCUGUACAGAGAGGCAUGGUCACCCCAGCUGUACAUCUUCAUCAUCCUUUACCCCCACCACCAUAUGGACCAACUGGCGAAGAUGGAAUUCCUCAAAUUUUAGGUGGUGCUCAGGUGGCUACAGUUGAAAGUGCAGUUGCACCAAGACCAUCCCCUGUUGUUCAAGCAGCACCAACCCCCCACCUUCACCCACCACUGCAGAGGAAGUACUCCCCUGUAGUCACUGUAGACACCAUGACCUCCCGUUCUGAGAGUCCAGUUUCAACAUCAUCAUCUGACAGCAGAACAGUUCCACAGUCACCUACAGCUGGCAUGUACGUGGCAUCUUCAACGGAAAAUACUGUUGGAGUACCACAGCAGACACCCCCUCUUCCUCCUAUGGCUUCUUCAUCUGUGGCUAAUAAAAAUAAAAAUAAUCAAGUUCCAACACAGAAUGGUGGUGACAGGAGACCAAGUCACCCAGGGCCUACACCACCAUCAUAUAAAAUUAACCACCAGUCUCCAAUUCCAGAAAGGAAACGUAUGAGCAAAGAAAAAGAAGAAGAAAGAAGAGACUGUAAAGUACGUAAUUAUUCACCCCAAGCUUUCAAAUUUUUUAUGGAACAACAUGUAGAAAAUGUUAUAAAAUCACACAAGCAGCGAGUAUUCAGACGUUUGCAGCUUGAGACAGAAAUGGCAAAAAUUGGUCUUAGUGCUGAAGCACAGUGCCAGAUGCGGAAAAUGCUUUCACAGAAAGAAUCAAAUUACAUCCGUCUUAAACGAGCAAAAAUGGACAAAUCAAUGUUCACUAAAAUCAAGCCAAUUGGUGUAGGUGCUUUUGGGGAAGUGGCACUUGUGCGGAAGAUCGAUACAAAUCAUCUUUAUGCAAUGAAGACUCUCCGCAAAGUAGAUGUUCUGAAACGGAAUCAGGUGGCUCAUGUGAAAGCAGAAAGAGACAUUCUUGCAGAGGCAGACAAUGAGUGGGUUGUCAAACUUUACUAUUCCUUCCAAGACAAAGACAACCUAUACUUUGUUAUGGACUACAUCCCUGGAGGAGAUCUUAUGUCACUUCUCAUCAAGUUAGGAGUAUUUGAAGAACCACUUGCAAGGUUCUACAUAGCAGAAUUGACUUGUGCUGUAGAAAGUGUUCAUAAGAUGGGAUUCAUCCAUCGAGACAUUAAGCCGGACAACAUUCUUAUUGAUCGUGAUGGGCACAUCAAACUCACUGAUUUUGGCCUCUGCACAGGAUUUCGCUGGACGCACAAUUCCAAGUACUACCAACGAAAUGGUGAACAUGGUCGUCAAGAUUCAAUGGAUCCAGCUGAGGAAUGGAGUAAUGAAUGCCGUUGCCAUCAACUGAAGCCCCUAGAGCGAAGAAGGAGAAGGGAACAUCAACGCUGUCUUGCACAUUCUCUUGUUGGUACACCUAACUACAUUGCACCAGAAGUCUUGCUACGUACAGGCUACACACAGUUGUGUGAUUGGUGGAGUGUUGGAGUCAUUUUGUAUGAGAUGCUUGUAGGUUCACCACCCUUCCUAGCUAGUACACCUGCAGAAACACAGUUCAAAGUUAUCCAUUGGGAGACGACACUUCGCAUCCCUGAAGCAGCUAAUUUAUCCCCUGAGGGAAUGGACCUUAUCCUCAAGCUUUGUACUGGAGCAGACAGAAGGAUAGGGAAGAAUGCAGCGGAAGUGAAAACUCAUCCAUUUUUCAGCAGUGUAGACUUUGACAGAGGAUUUCGUCGUCAGGUGGCUCCCCACAUACCUCGAAUCCAGUAUCCGACUGAUACAUCUAAUUUUGAUCCAGUUGAUCCUGAAAGGCUUAGGAAUUCAGGAUCAUCAGGAUCAGAUAAAUCAGAUGAAUUAUUGGACAAUGGGAAACCUUUCCAUGGAUUUUUUGAAUUUACUUUUCGGAGAUUUUUCGAUGAUGGAGGUGGUCCUGCAUAUCCAAGUAAGAUCAGUUUAGAUGACAAUGACAACCAAGGACCUGUUUAUGUAUGACAUGAAAUGGUGGGAGGAAAAUCCUGGUGAAGAUCUGUCAAAUGCUGUGGUAAGAUUAUUUCAAGAAAUUGUUGUAUUGGUAAGUCAGAAGAUCAUAUUAUUUUAAGAUCAUACCUGGUGCAAUCAGCCAGCUUCUAUAAAAGUGUUUCCCGGUUCGGUCAGUAAGGGCAGUGUGAUAAAUUGAUGCAUAAUGUUGUUGAAUAUGUGAUACCCUUUUGAUUUGUUAAUGUUCUCUUGAAACAUACAUAGUAUGAAAAACAGAUUGUAGUCAUCUGCAACUGUUCAAACCAUAGUAGCCAUAUUUUUUAUAGAUAUGCCAGGAACAAAAAGACAUCAGUUUGUGACUCUGUUAUGAGUUUGGAAUGUGCAUAGUAUUAUGUAUGCAGUUUAUGUGUCAUAACUGAAUUGUAAAAGCUGGUGACCCUACAGUUAAUGAACAUUAGGUUCCGUAAAAGGCAGGGAAUUUCUUGACUAGCCAAGUGAGUAUUUGCUUCACACAAAUGUCUUUAUUCUAUGGAGUUCAGUUAAGUGUACAGAGCAACAUAAGUCAACACAAGCAACAGAAGUGAAAGAAUGUUAUGGUGCUGUUACUCAUAGUCCCUCCCAUGAAUUUUGUAAUAUUAUACUGCCAUUCAUAAGUAAAACCCUAAAUAAUAUUGCAGUUGGUAACUUAGUUUCAUGCCAUGAUGCUUAUUUAACAUUAAUUGCCAGUGUUUUGUGUAGAGAGCAUAUUUACUACUGUCAUAAAAUGAUGGAUCUGUAAAUUGCUCUUCUGUAGGAAUGUGUAAUAUGUGAUGAGAAAUAUUUAUUGAAAAAGUGAGAUAUUAGUCACAAAGUGGCUUAUUAAAAAUGUGAAAUAAAAAUAUGAUAAAUUAUAUUUCUCUCUGACUGGAAAACAUGCUGGAAGAUGGUGUACUGGUUGAUUCACAUUGAAUAUUUAAUGUAACGUAAGGCUUACUGUCAUAUAUUCAUAAUGAAUAAUUGCUUUUGCUGUUCAUGUUAACAGCUUCUGCCAGUACUGUUACAUGAACAGUAAGUACUAUUACAUGAAACUUAAUUCAAUUCUCAUAGUAUAUAGUUUUAUUUAUGUAUGUAAAAUUUGUAAUGAAAAUCUUGCUCUUGGUUUGUGGAAAGGAACUCCAAUCCCAGUGAAUAAGGGCCCAAUUUUGUUUAUGUUAUUACAGUAAGCAAUAUCAGAGCGCUUGUAAUUAUACUUUAGUCUUGCAAAAAGAUUCUUAUCACUCCUAUUGAUUAACUGAAGUAUGCAACUGUGGUUUUAAUUUUCCAGAAAUAUCAUCUUAAUUAUAUAUAUAAUUAUUGGAAGUAUGUUAAAGAACAGUGAUUGCACUGUUGAAAUUUGAAAUAGUAAUUGUUCAAAGUGCUGUUUCCACAAUUCUUGUUACAUUUUGAAUGUGAAUCCACCUUAUUAAUGUUAAUAUAUGUUUUGUUGGUCAGAGUGGUAAUAAUGAGGGUUCUCAGUUUUAUUUUUGAACAUUUAAAAUAUCUCUAUAUUCACUAUUUAGUAUGUGAAUUGUGUGUGAUUACAAAACUUUUGUAAUAAGAAGGUAAAAGGGAAAUAUUCUAAAAGUAAAUUUCAAAACAAAUGAAUAUCAUAUGAUGUCUUGUAUUAGGAAUAUAAUUCAUUUGUGAUUGUCUUAUGUGGUAUUGUCAUACAGUGCUUUAUUUCAUCUGAAGCUGUGCCUUAAAUGUUUCUUUUUAAUAUUAUCCAAAGUGUAACAAGAUUUACUGAAAUUUAUAUAUGAAAAUGUAAAUCUUUUUGAGGGAAUAUGUUUCCAAGAGUGGGAUGGUUACAAAAACAUAACAACUUUUAAAUUCCUUUUAGUUGUAACCAGAGUAAUCUGUUACCAGUAAAACAGUGUAUUUGUAAAGUAACAUGUUAAAUUGGCAAUCACAGUGUCUUGUAAACAUUUCUAUUUUUGUUGUAUUAUAUUGGUAAAACAUUAUAAAAUCAGAAUGUUUGCAAAUACAUAGAUUCAUAUUUAUAGGAGAAAAAUUUUAGGGUAAGUACGAGGUCUAACCAAAAAGUAUUAAUCUGUGAAGACUGAGAUGUUGUACUUACAGGUGAUUAAUUAUGUUCGAAGUAUCUUCCUUCAGCACAUAGACAAUUCCCAUUCCUGGCAUGCUAGAAGCAUCAUUUUACAUCUGGUCUGUUGAAUUGUGUUCAGUUGUUUCCACAUCAUCAAAUCUUUUUAUCAUUCAUAAGUUUUUUUGUUUUAUUGGACAGAAAAGAGACACAGGUGAAUAGGAAGGCUGUCUUGUUUGCAAAAUAAAAGGUAAAAGUUGUGGUUCUUUCCUGCUCUUGUUUUAGCAGUUGUGGAGUGAACCUUGCUGGGAUAUGCCACAUUCCAAAAUCUUUGGUUAAAAUUGCCUGGAGCCAUAAUGAUUCCUGCCUCAUCAGUCAUUUCACAAAAUGUCAGUCUUUUAUCUGCCAUUUGAUAUUGAGAAAUGCAUUUGGGCUACUGAUUCACAAUUUGUACUGAGUGAACAGCUUCCCAUAAGCUUAUGACUUCUGAUGGACAUUGUUCCUCUUUUAAACAAUGGAGGCAUUCAGAAACUUGUGCUGGGCUUACUGUUGGGUAUAAAAAUGCUGUUUACAUCAGUCAGGAAGUUUAAUGUCCUAGUUUUCUGGUCUUUGUGCAGAAUUUAGUGUGUACAGAUUUUUCUGUGCUGUCAGACAUUGUAGGAAUUGAUACAUGACUUUAAAUACCAACCACAGUAGCUCAGUCAGCAUAGUGAUUAGUCUGUGGGCUCAACAGCAGGAGAAUUAGGGUUCAUUUCCCAUUUUGGCAGAUAUUCUUCUCUUCACUGUCGUAUCCAGAUGAGCUUUGGGUCUACCCAUUCUCCUAUCCAGUGGGUACCAAGGGCUGUUUCCACGGGGGUGAAGUGGCUGUAGUGUGAAGCUGACUGUUCACCUCUGUCAAGAGCUGAGGUUAGAAAUGUGUGGAGCUGUACCUCCAUCCUCCCAGUAUGUUUUUGUGGUGCAGUGUUUAAUUAAUCACGUGCAGGAACAACUUUACCUUCAUCACAAAUGGUUAAAUCACUGGAACACACAGGGACAUGAAGUAGACCAAGGGCUUUAUAAUCUUAGGAUUAGGGAUCUAAGAGCUUUGUUUGUUAUAAGCGUAACAGAACUAAAGUGAUUGAAACACCAAACCAACAAUUUUACUUGUCACUGAAGAGUUGUGGUAUUACUGUUCAACAGUAUGGUUGUUUAGUGUACCUGAUAUUAAAAUGCUAGUGCUAGGUAGAAGUGAUUGUAACCAGCUUACCAAUAUUAUUCUGAAAAGUGGAAAACUUACAAGUCACUUGGUGAUUUCCAGUGGAAGCAGUGAGAUGCUUUUAAGCUUAAAUCUCAUUUUCAGUUUCAGUGGACUCUAUUAAGUUGUAUUCAACUGUCUCUUAUUGUUGUUAUUUAUUAACCACAGUGCCGUUCUCACCAUAUGCUGGAUGUCAGAUCAGUUAGUGAACAAAGUGUUCUGUGAGUACCAUGUAGUCAUCUCCAAAGCUGUAUAUGUCAUUCUUUUUUAUGACCUGUCAAACUAGGUGGUAUGCUGUUAUUUGCAUUAUCAGUUUUGGUGAGUAGUAAUAUGAGUUCUAAAAUUAAAAUUAAAGUUAUGUUAGAACUGAUACCGAGCUUAAUAAUCGAAUAUAUUAUUUUAUAAAAUUGGGUCUCUUUCCUCUUUAUUUAAGAUUUGUGGUCACUGACAGAUCAGUAUUCUGGUUUUGGAAUUUGUGUAUUUUUUCUUUUGAUGCAGCUUUGUAUUUAUGUCUGGAAUGUGUUGGUUAUUGGUGUUUGGUAUUAUUUGUAAUUAAUACAUACAUACAUAUAUAUAUAUACUACUCCCUUCUAGAUUUUGUCUUUAUGGAGCAUGGAUCAGGAUUGUGGAACAGUUACAAAUAAUUUAUGUUUAUACGAGCUGUGUGCGGAUAAGUGAGCUGCUGUAAGCUGAUGUAAUUUUUCAAAUAUUGGAUUGUGAUUAUUGUUAUUGUUCAUAUGAAAGGACUGCUGAUUAGAUAAAUGUGAUAAUUUCUAGAUUAUUUGGGGUGUUUCCUUUCCUUGCCACUUCUUUGUUGUCCGUGGUAUCAGUUACUUUGUCAUGUGUGUGUCCUUAAUUUUAAUACCUGGCUGGAGUAUCCUAAACUUCCAUUGUUGGAUAUUGGUUGAAUAUGUUCUCUAAGUCUUAUGUUGAAGCUUCAUCCUCUUUGAUAUAUUUAUUUGGGCAGUCUGAGCAUUUAGGCAGUGCAUACCACUUUGACUCUAUUCUGAUCUUGGUGGUUUUUGGUUUCAUGGUAUUUGCUGUGCAAUUCUUAAUUUGAUGUUAGUAUCAUGGAAUAAUAUUGUAAUUUUUCUUACUUUCCUGGGGUACGCAAGUCUCACCUCAUUACAGUCUCAAAUAUUUUAGUAUUAAGCACAUCAGUUAAUCUUCAUCUUUAAUUUCAGUUCUAAGCUCAUAUAUUUUUGUACUAAAAAUAAAAUUGGCUGUGCCAUAAGGGUGUACCAAGCUGCAUGAUAAGACAUGCAGUGUAUGUAACCAUGACUGCAUGGUAGUCAGAACUUAUAAGUUUAUUAACUGGAUGACUUUGUGUCCCAUAUGUGGUGAGAAUAACAUUGUGGUCAAUAAAUAGUUACAAGAAAUGAACAUCAUCACUGGUGUAUUUUGUAUAAAUGGCAGUUACGUAUAGCCAUUCACCUAAACAUAACAGGAUGCUAUAAUGUAGAACAAGGAACAACAAUGAACUGUGUUUCAUUAUGUAAUGCAGAAUUGUGGCUUUUAUCUUUAUAGCUUUAAACUAAUGUACCUCCAGAAAAGUUGCAGUUAUGUUUAAAUACGUGAAAUCGUUUGGUGGUUUAAAAUAUAGGUCAUUUUUCAUAUGUGUCUUGUGAUUUGUUGUAAUCCAUGUAAUAGUAUGUUGCAAAUUUAUGCUAAGACAGAAAUUUGUAAUAUGCAAUCAUAUUCAUGGAAUAAAGGAAAACCGCCUAAUAUGGGGAGGUGUUUCUUUCAGGCUUAAUGCUAGGACAAGAUGGAUUUUUACAUAUGUACAAAUGGCAGUGAUAUAUUAUUAAUUAAACACUUAUAUGAGGAAUGUCUGAAUAGCUGGUUCAAAAGUAACAUUUGAAGAAAUACUCCCAAAGUAAAAAGGAAAGAAAGAAACCAGUCUCUCCAUGUUAGGCCACCAGCGUUCCCAGUGUGAUGAGGUUAUAAUACUGCGUGGUAGAUACAUUUUCUUCAUUGGAACAGUCAGAUGUUCCAAAAGCAUAUAUUUUAUGAACUUGUAAGGUUUUAAAUAUAAUCCUUAAUCCUUUAAAGCACGGUGAUUACUGUAUACCACGUACUUUAACAUAAAGGAUCCCAACAUUUUGCCCACAGAGUGCAUUUAUGGGUUUCAUAUGAUUCUAAAAAUAAACGGUGAUUUUUACCCUAUGUGGCAUUAACUGAUUGGUCAUUGUAAUGGAGGCACAUUAUGUUUUCUGUGAGGUAGGAACUGAAUUUAUUUAUUAUUUCAAUAUACGGGCUCCAAAGGAUGUGUCUAAAUUCUGUAAAUUUAUCAACAAAGGAAGGACUAAUUUCAGUGCUUUACAGCUUGUCAGCAAUAGAAUAGUAAGAAAAAGAUAAGUGGAGAAAAUGUAAUAAACUGGAAAUGAAACAAAAUGUAAAUGUUACAGGGAUAGUUUCUGUGGUACAGAGUGGCUUCUGUUAUUUUGAAGAGUAGUGCUGAUGUAGACAGAUCCCUUGCUCUGAAUCUUUGCAAAGUGUGUCAUGCAGACUGUGCAGCAGACCCAUUCUUCAUCUUCUGGACCCUCCAAGAAUAGGCUGGAGCUUUCUCAUCAACAUUAUCUGAUAAAGAGUUUCUGAUUUGCAGAGAUACAUGACCAUUUCUGCCUAAGAACCUGAAGAGCUCCUGUCCACUGCAUCUGAUUCUUGAUCAUCCAUCGUAAUGAAGGGGAGUAGUAUUGUGGAUAGUUAGAAACAUUGGAUGAUCCCCAAAUACAAGAUAAGUUCUGAGAAAGCAAGGAUCAUCAUACAUUCACAUACUUAGGAAAUGACACCCUGGAGUCACUGUUUUAAUGUUACCAUUAGUAUGCUGCAAAUAAUUUUUUAGGCUGGUUAAUGUACUGGUGUUAUAGCAUUGUCUCAGUUCAGGGUCAAGGAAGUGUGUAUACUAUUAACUCUAAUAAUCCAUGACUGAAAUGUAGGCAUACUGAUGGGUGUGAUGCAGAGAUUUUUAUUUUUAGUGGUAGAGUGCAGAGCAUGUUACACUAUCCGUUUUCCUCCCAAGCCCCCUUCUUUAGAACACCAAGUUAAAUGAUAUGGGCAAUGAACAGUCUGGUGUUAGAGUGACAGGUUUUUGCCAUUGCAUGUUGAAACAAAUAGAAGGACUGAUCUCCUGCUUCCAGAGUGAAAUAUUGCUAGAGCAUAGAAGAGACCUGACAACUGGGGAUACCAUUGAAGAUACCACUCUUGUUGGUUUUAGAAAACAGUUUUUGUGUUCCAUUUCUCUGUGCCAAUUGACAAGCUAAAUGACACACAGGUUGCGCCCCCCCCCUCCCCGCACAGAAUUGCCAGUAAACUCAGCGUGUCUGUUGGCUGUUGUUUGGGGUACUCAGACUAAGAUUGAUAUAAAUUUUAAUCACUGGAUUUUGAUUUAAAUGUUAUACAUCCUACAAACAAACUGAUUUGUUUUAGGGUGGUAAAUAUUUGAUAUACUUUUAAAUAAAUUAAAUCUUAUUUUCCAAUCAGAGUAAUGCUUCAAAGUCCAUUAUGUAGUUUUGUGAGUUCUACAUACAGUAGCAAAAUGUGUCUCGUCAUGCUGGAAUUCUAGCUAAAGAGGUAUGACCAUUAAUGAUAAUGAGUGGCAAGUACUGUGUGUUGCAAUCCACUAAACCAGUCAGUAAAGCAUGAAUGUUAAAUUGUGAUCUUAGACGGUGAUGUUUCAUAUUUUGAAAGAAAUGUCUUAGUGAAUGACAAACUAUCAUCAGAUUCAUUCCAUGACACAACUCGUUUAUGGACAAAAUUUGUUUCUGUAAAUGAGAAGUAACAAGUGUUUAGUCUUGUUCAUAAAAGUAUUGUAACUUUAAUUUAAUAAUUUCGCUUUGUCAUUUUUUCAACAAAAACAUUUAUGGUUUUUUACUUUAGAAGAUCAUCUGUUUACUUUAGAAGAUCUUCUGUCACUUCUCAUUUAUUGUCAGAAUCUUUCAUUUGAUAAUAAAAAGCAAACUAUAUUAGUAUCUGAAGGGUUUUUUCUUCUGGGAUAUUUUCCUCUGAAAUUUUGGAUGACUUUCUCCAGAUGACACUGUGUUGUGGCCCAGAAGAUAUAACUCUUCAGAGUCACUACUGCAAGAACCUCAGAUCAUGUAUUAGUAUCUUUUAUCCCAAUCACCUUUUAUUGAAUGACUUUUCAUGUGUUUUGGAGAAGUUGAGACUUAAGUAAACUAACCACAAUACGUUCGAUACAGUCUGAACAUAAAUGGCAAAUUUAGAAAUUGUUGAGUUUGUAAUUGACUGGUGUAAAACAAUAGUGGGACCAACAAAUUGGUGUCUUUGCACAUAUUAAAAUACGCCUUUUAUAGAGAGGAAAUGUAAUCACAUGUUUCUGGUAGGUAAUGAAAGCCUAUUUGUGGCUGGGAACCUUUUUGGUUUAUAAUGAGGAUUUCAUUGUAUUCAUAGUAAUUCAGAUUGUGUUGAGAUUACAAGUGCUAUGUUGAGCAAGGUUUCAAGUUUGCAAUAUGUGUAUACAUUUUCUUCAGAAAUACCUUAAAUAUGGUGUGUUUUCCAGCCAAGUGAAAUUGAGAAUAUCGAGCAUAUGUAUUGUGACUAAACACGAUCAGGCUAUAAUGUAGGUAGGUUAGGAUAGGUAUAAGAUGAAACCCCAAUGGAAGAGGAUUUUGUAAACAAUAUUUGAUUCAGGAACCGGUUGCUUACAUUUUAUGUACUGUCAUCCAGAAAAGAUACCCUGGAUUACACAAACUACAUCUCAUUAAUGCUGAUAUUCUUGGUCCAUGAGUACUUUAUAUACUCCUUGCAUAUAUUUAAACAAAUGAUGUAUGGAACUAACUUCAGUCUGGAUUAUAUACAUAAAUACUCCUCAUUUUAGUUUGUUUAGUAUUAUACAUUUGAUGUACAUAAUAUACAGGGAAUAUUUAAGACCAGUGAUUGAAAAUACAACAUAAAUAUAUGUGUAGUCAUGAAACUGGUUAAGCCCAAACCAACGGUUGUUUCAUAAAUUAUGAUGUAAAUUGCAACAGCUUUUUGUUUUGUGCAAUAUUUAAUGAUGUCAUAUCAGCAACAGAAGAAGUAAAGACCUGAGAAUGUUUAUCUAUAAUACAUGUAUCAUAUUAACUACCAGAAGUGCCUUACAAAAUGUACAUAAAGUUCUAAUGCUGGAUUUUA